CCCGCCACGGUGCUGGGCACCAUGGAGAUGGGGCGCCGCAUGGACGCGCCCGCCAGCGCGGCGUCGGUGCGCGCCUUCCUGGAGCGCGGCCACACGGAGCUGGACACGGCCUUCAUGUACUGCGACGGCCAGUCCGAGGCCAUCCUGGGCGGCCUGGGGCUCGGGCUGGGCGGCGGCGACUGCAGAGUGAAAAUUGCCACCAAGGCCAACCCUUGGGAGGGAAAGUCCCUGAAACCUGACAGUGUCCGGUCCCAGCUGGAGACGUCACUGAAGCGGCUGCAGUGUCCCCGAGUGGACCUCUUCUACUUGCAUGCACCAGACCAUGGCACCCCUGUGGAGGAGACACUGCGGGCCUGCCACCAGCUGCACCAGGAGGGCAAGUUUGUGGAGCUUGGCCUCUCCAACUACGCCUCCUGGGAAGUGGCAGAGAUCUGUACCCUCUGCAAGAGCAAUGGCUGGAUUAUGCCCACUGUGUAUCAGGGCAGCGGCUCCUCUGCCCAGAGCCUGUGCCUGGCUCGCAAGUGCCCUCAGAGGAGGACAAAGUUCCUCAGCCUUGGGCUGGGAAGGUGGCUAAGUG